AUGUCUGCUUAUCUCGCCCCUAAAAAGGGCUAUAUGAGCCGGGUUGGAACUCCCCCUCCGAUUCCAGCAAAGACGCUCUUGUCAGCCCACCAGUUACCGGAACUUGGCGAGCAACAGUUGCAAGAAUGCCUUGAUCGCACUGUCCGUGAUGGUUGUGAUAUCCGCCAUUUCUAUGAGGUUAUGCUUGGUGCGAUUAGGUCAAACAAGGUGUAUCUCGUGAAGGAGCUACUCCGAUAUAAAAUACCUGUCUCGCCAAUCUAUAUACUCGAAGCUGUUAAGGUAAAGGCGAAAGAUAUCCUAAUAGCCUUCUUUGAUAACGGCUGGGAUAUUAACACGCCAAUGAGUGGCAUAGACCCCCCUAUUCUUACCAACGCUCUCGAGGACCUAGAGAUGACAAUAUGGCUACUUGAUCGUGGCGCAGAUCCUAAUAUGCGAUGUGAUAUCGAUAAUACCCCGCUCUCUUAUGCCGUUAGAUAUGCCGAUUUGUCAACCAUUAAUCUUCUCCUACGCCGUGGUGGUGAUGUCAGAAUAGGCCAGCUUGUGCAUAAUGCGAUUUAUCGAGAGCCCGACACCCUUAAAGUUGUCGAAAUCCUACUUGAUCGGGGUGCUUCUUUGAAUUCUCUUAUGUACCAAGACCAUCAAUAUUCUCGCAACAUGUUUCCUUUUAUGGGGGAAACUCCUCUGCACACGGCAGUGGCUCUUAAAAGAUAUAACGUCAUCCGUUUUCUGAUUCACAAAGGUGCAAGUGUGAAAAUCGAAGAUUACAGGGGUCAAACAGUGAUGCAAUCCGCAGAUGAAGACACCAGGAGAAUGAUUAUGCAAGAGAUUCGGAACAGCAGCACCUCACACGCAUCUUCGUGA